CUCUGUGUCUCUGCCUUUCUGAGAGCUAGGCUAGCUGGUAAACAACACCAAAAAAGCCCCGGCGUAGUGUGGGACAAUGUAAUGACUGAACACGCCGUUGUUUUUGAGUAUUAGUCUCGGUAUCCAUUAUUUUACCGCUUUUUGUUCCCAACUACAUGCCUUGUGUUCCCGUUCACGACCGUCUCUGCAAAAGGCUGGUACAUUACUGAGGUCCACUGAUGCUGCCUAAAUGAGCUAACCUUUCAACUGUCCUCAGAGAAACAAAAAGCUGCAUUUUCACCGAGGUCUGAGCAACCGUCAUCGUCCCAGUGUAGAGGUCUGCUGCUGAAUGCCGGACCACAGAGGUCUGCUCGAGGUCUGCAGCCAAGUGCCUCUCCCAUUUUCGGCUAGCCGCUGAGAGUUGUUGCCUGGUGGUGGAUGUCUCGUCGCCUUCACCGCCUGAGGUCGGAGGCCAGUUGGAGUAGGGGGGUGGCUCCUGGGCAUCAGCAGUGAUGCGUGCUUCAGUGGCAGGCUGCAGGAUGAGCGUGGGCACGCUCAUAAAUGGGCUGCUGGUCUCUGUGGUCGCAGCCCUCCUUUGGAAGUAUUCCAAGCUGAGCGAGCAUGCCACCCUGCUGGAGGAGGAGCUGCACAUGACACGGCAGUCCCAGGAACUCUCUCAAGCCCGCAUCGACUACCAUGUCGCCCUGCAGGCCCUUCAGGAACACGGCACCCGCAUGGUCUGCACGGGGAAGAUGCACACUGACCGAAUCUGCCGCUUUGACUACCUCUGCUACAGCUCAGAGGCAGAGGAGUUUGUGUUCUUCCACUCAAACUCCUCUGUCAUGCUGCCUAACCUGGGGUCCAGGCGCUUUCAGCCUGCCCUGCUGGACCUAUCUUCAGUAGAGGACCACAACACACAGUACUUUAACUUCUUAGAACUCCCAGCUGCUACUUUAAAGUUUAUGCCUAAGCCUGUUUUUGUACCAGAUGUAACUCUGAUAUUAAACCGGUUUAAUCCUGACAACCUAAUGCACGUGUUUCACGACGACCUCCUCCCAGCCUUUUAUACGAUGAAGCAGUACUCAGACCUGGAUGAUGAGGCUCGUUUAGUUUUUAUGGAGGGCUGGGGUGAAGGCCCACACUUUGACCUGUACAAACUUCUCAGCAGUAAGCAGCCUCUGCUAAAAGAACAGCUGAGGAACUUUGGCAAACUCAUGUGUUUUACAAAGUCUUACGUUGGCUUGUCCAAAAUGACCACCUGGUACCAGUACGGCUUUGUCCAGCCACAGGGGCCCAAAGCCAAUAUAAUGGUGUCAGGGAACGAGAUCCGCCAGUUUGCCGGGGCUCUGAUGGAGAAAAUGAACAUCACAAGAGUGGAGGAGCUAGAGAAAGAAGGAGCCAGCUCUGAGGAUGAGAAGGAGAAAGAGAAGAAGGAUGAAUACAUUGUUGUGUUUAGUCGCUCAACGACGCGGCUGAUACUGAAUGAAGCAGAGCUUAUCAUGGUGCUGGCCCAGGAGUUCCAGAUGAGGGUUGUCACUGUAUCCCUGGAGGACCAGACAUUCCCCAGUAUUGUCCAGGUCAUCAGUGGUGCCUCCAUGUUAGUCAGUAUGCAUGGAGCUCAGCUGAUCACCUCACUUUUCCUCCCUAGGCGGGCGACUGUUGUAGAGCUCUUUCCCUUUGCUGUGAACCCAGAGCAGUACACCCCCUAUAAAACCCUCGCCUCCCUUCCAGGCAUGGACCUUCACUACAUCUCCUGGAGAAAUACAAAGGAGGAGAACACCAUCACACACCCGGACAGACCCUGGGAACAAGGAGGCAUCGCUCACUUGGAGAAAGAGGAGCAAGAGCGGAUACUGGCGAGCAAUGACAUCCCGAGGCAUCUGUGCUGCCGUAACCCAGAGUGGCUCUUCCGGAUCUACCAGGACACUUUAGUGGACAUCCCAUCUUUCUUGGAAGUCCUAAAAGAGGGAAUGAAGACGAAGCCCAGCAUGAAAAAGUCAAAACCAGCAAGUGUAGUCCACCCGGGUCGGGUCAGAGAACCACAGUGCCAGACUUCAGUACAGAACACUAAUGAGGCCAAACUCACAGUGUCGUGGCAGAUCCCAUGGAAUCUAAAAUACCUGAAGGUGAGAGAGGUGAAGUACGAAGUCUGGAUCCAAGAACAGGGAGAGAACACCUAUAUGCCUUACAUCCUGUCCCAGCAGAACUACACUUUUUCAGAAAACAUCAAGCCCUUCACCACAUACCUGGUGUGGGUUAGAUGCAUCUUUAACAAGAACCUCCUGGGCCCGUUUGCAGAUGUUCUUAUGUGCAGGACCUAGAAUAAACAUCAUAUUUGUUGGUUUCUGUGCAGUUUUACACAGAAGCUGAUCCAUGCCUGUCCUCGAAAGUCAUCCUGGAAAAUCUGUUUCAUUACAGUUCUUCCAGCAGAGGUGAAACAGCAUCACUACAGGCUGUUGACUCUCACAAGGUGACAUGUUUUUGGCUGGAACAGAUUUAUGGAUUAACUGCAAAAAACUUGAAGCACAGGGUCUGAACUCACUGGCAACAGCCUCUGCUGAAUGGAAAGUCUAUUUCCUGUACCUAUGAAAGAAAGAAAGAGCUACUCUACUGAAGAUACCAGAAUUCAAAGAAACAGAUUUAUUUAUGUGAAGAAUAAUAUAAAAUGUUUUUUUUUAGUAUUAGUCGAACACUGGUUCUUUACCUUUUACAGUAUGCAAUAUAUCGUUUCUGUGGCGAGAGAGAGUUUAGAAUAGUACGAAUUUUUUGUGUUUCCUGACUUGUCCAAUGUCUGUGUGUGUGAUACCUGUGUGGUUCAUUUACCUACAAAUAGAGCUCAACAGUGUGGCGUCAGAGGUGGAAAUCCUGUUUAUCUUCUCCAUAGCAGAAUCAAUUGUUGUUAUUAUUUUAUUACCCUUUAACAAAACAGCACCGCUGAAGCAAAUAGACACAGAUUGGAAAGGAAAAGAAAAAGGGAAAUGCAUUUAUAUACCAUGCAGAUCUAUAAAGCACACAUAGGGAAC